GAUCAAGUCCUCGAGUGGAACGGGGUCCUACUAAACGGUAAGACCUUCGAAGAAGUGGAGAGAAUCGUAAAUUCGAGCAGUGGAGAAGUCGAAAUUAUCCUAAAGUCGAAAGGUGAAAAGUCCCACCGUAUCUCGAACCUGCGCAGAUACGCGACCGCAUCCAGAGAACCAACCCAUUUUUCAAAUCCUGCGAGCUUCUCAAAUGGACAGAAAACUUUACGAUUAAAAGAUGCUUCGCCGGAUAGAGCUCCUCCAGUUCCAAUGCAUCGUCGUAAUGGAACAAUUGGCAGGCAGAAUCUAUCCAAUCGUAUUUAUGAUAACGUGGAUUGUGACUACGGCGAAGAUGCAUGGCACAGCAAACCACAGGAUGCUCUUGGAUAUCUUCAAGUUGCAAUCUCGUACGAUCGUCCCACUUCACGGGUUAUAGUCAGGAUCGUGGCCGCUCGUGGCCUAAAGAUGCGCGACCCUACGCGACGCCUUGCCCCCAAUCCAUUCGUGAAGAUUUACCUUCUUCCAGGCAGAAAGGUGUCGAACAAACGUCGCACGAGAUUCGUUCCAUGCUCGACAGAUCCCGAAUGGAAUCAAAUCGUCGAGUGGCAGGUGUCGCCUGGCUCGCUGCCCUCGCUCUACCUGGAAUUCUCAGUGUGGGACUACGAUAGACUCUCUGAGAACAAUGCACUCGGUCAAGUCACCGUCAGCCUUGCUGGUACGUUUUUUGCCAAAACAAUCGCUGCUAUUUUGUGUUGUUUAGCAGAACUUGUACUAAAUCAACAUUGUUAG